AUGAAAAUGCUUCGAUUUCGCAGUCCAAGCAUCCGAUCCCUGAACCAAGAGAUCCAAUGUACCGUCCGACUCCUGGACGACUCGGAGGUUUCUUGUAGCAUCCAGAGAGACACCAAGGGCCAGUAUCUUUUGGAUCACAUAUGCAACCACUACAGCCUACUGGAGAAGGAUUACUUCGGCAUCAGAUAUGUGGACCCCGAAAAACAGAGGCACUGGUUGGAUCCAAGUAAGCCCAUCGUCAAACAAAUGAAAAGUCAACAGCCAUACACUAUGUGCUUCCGGGUAAAGUUCUACCCACAGGAGCCAAUCAAAAUCAAGGAAGAGCUUACAAGAUAUCUCCUCUACCUGCAGCUGAAGAGAGACAUGUACCAUGGCCGUCUCUUGUGCCCUUUUGCCGAUGCGGCCUAUCUUGGAGCCUGUGUAGUUCAGGCUGAGCUAGGUGACUAUGAUGCUGACGAACAUCCUGCAGACUACAUAAGUGAUUUCAAACUCUUCCCAAAACAGAGUCUGAAGCUGGAAAGGAAGAUCAUGGAGAUCCAUCAAAACGAGUUAAGGGGGCAGUCUCCUGCAUUGGCAGAGCUCAAUCUUCUCCAGAGAGCACACACUCUAGAUACAUACGGAGUUGACCCCCAUCCCUGUAAGGAUUUCACAGGAGCCACGGCGUUCCUUGGAUUCACAGCCACCGGAUUUGUGGUAUUCCAGGGAAAUAAGCGGAUCCAUCUGCUGAAAUGGGCGGAUGUGAAUAAGCUGAAAUUCGAAGGGAAGACGUUUUAUGUGAUCGGAGUGCAGAGAGAGAAGAAACUGGUUUUGACGUUUCACACCUCGACGCCGGCUGCGUGUAAGCACUUGUGGAAAUGUGGAGUGGAGAACCAAGCCUUUUAUAAAUGUGCAAAGUCCAGUCAAAUUAAAACAGUUUCCAGCAGCCAUUUGUUUUUCAAAGGCAGCAGGUUUCGCUACAGCGGUCGUGUGGCUAAAGAGGUGAUUGAAGCCAGCUCAAAGAUCCAGAGGGAACCUCCAGUGGUGCACAGGUCUCAUUUUGGCCAAAGCAGAAGCUUCAACUCCCUGAGUCACAAGCAGCUUAUUAUGAACAUGGAGCCUCUCGUACCAGCGCUGACCUCAUCCAAAGAAAACAGAGACACCUCCACAGACAAUGGUCUCCUGGCUUUGAAGGACUCCGUCCACCUGUCCCCACUGAGGCCGUCCGUCACCCCCGAGGAGGUGGAGGCAGAGGAAGGGGAGGGGCACUCCCCCGGGGUGCACGGUGAGGAAGACUUCGCCCUGGACAGGGCCGCGGGAGGACAGCGCGACGACGGCAAGGUGCUGAGGCUGGAGGAAGAGGUAACGGGAGAGGAAGAGGAGGGAGUCGGGGCCCUGACUAUUUCUGACAUGGUCUACAGCCCUUGCGCCAGCAUGCUACCCACGCCGGUUGAGGACGGAGAAGGAGGCGUCGAACUCCUCUUUCAAAGCCCCGCGCGGCUCCUGAAGGAGCUCCACGCUAGCCCGGAGAUGCAGGCGGAGCUCCAGGCCGAGAGGGAGAGGGAGAGCGCCAUGGAGGCCGCCCGGCGGGCCAUGUGCCGGCCGCAGACGGGGAGGCAGCAGCUGCGCGCGUGCCUGCGCAGCACCGCCCGUCUCGUCGCCGUGGCAACCGGCCUCCUCCUGAUCCUGCUGCCCGUCCUGAUCCUCCUGCUGGAGUCCGACCUGGACAUUUCGUUCCUCCAUGAAAUCCGACAAACGCCAGAGUUUGAGCAGUUCCACUACGAAUACUACUGCCCACUGCGCCGCUGGUUUGUCUGUAAGCUCAAUGUGAUGAUGGAGAAGCUCAAUGGAGACUGA